AUGGGAACAGUCGAAAUCGAAGAAGAAGAAGCUGUAGCUAUCGCAGCUCUGGGCUCUCUCUUCAAGCUUACCGAAGUUCAUCUAUGGGUCGAUGGGUCAAAAGAGACUCCUUUGGUUCCUCUCUUACAUGAACAAAGCGGUAUAUUAUCAAAAGAGAGUGUUGAUGAUGAUACUUCUACUGAUCUCUCUGGAUUCAUGAACAUCAGGCCUGAGGAGGACAUGGGAAUGAUAAAAGAGAUGAAGUCUUUGGGUCUUCCGGUUUCCUUUCAAACGAAUAAGGAGUGGAAGAACAGAAAAAGAGGCCAGCAAAGGAAAGGAAUCAAGGAUCGAUCAGACGAAGUUAAUGUUCUGUUCAAUGAAGAAGACAAUACUGUAGUAUCCACUUUGAAUUUGGUGUCUGAUUUGAAGAGUAUAGAUCAUGCUAUUGGUUAUGAGGACGCUGACAGACUAUGUCCGGAAAACGACUGUGUUCAAAGAAGUGCUGUCGAAGAAGAAAAUCAUGAAAUUUUAGGAAGCUAUUGCUCGGGAGAUAGAGACAGAGAUUCGGUGUUGACUUCAGAGACAAUAGAUAACCAUGACUCUAAUGAAUGGAAAGUCUACUGGGAUUCUUUCUAUGGUCGAAGUUAUUUUUACAACAUUAAGACACAAGAGUCCACAUGGGAGCCGCCACUUGGGAUGGAACAUCUAGCUUAUUGCUACGAAACUCACAACUUGGAUGAAUUGGCUUUAGAGACUACAGAGAAGCCACAUGAGGAUUUGUCCGGAACUGGACCUGCUGAUGAUGUUCCUACUGAAAAAUCUGAUAAUCUUGGCGGAGUUUGUCAAAGUCAAUGUGAAACAGAAGCCCUAACGGAAGUUAACAGUUUGGUUGAUACAUACCAUGAAGCUUCCAUUGGAAAUCAGUCUUUGGAUAUUACUACUCUUGAAGAAGAGGGAAACGGUACAUAUGUUGUCAAUUCCAUUGGGAAGGCUAAAAAGAAGACUAGAAGAACUCGAGCGAAAAAGAUAUUCUUCACUUCAGACAUAGGGACUCGAACGGAAGGUGUUAUUGAAGAAUAUUCUGCAAUCCUUGGCAAGUAUUGGUGCCAAAGAUACCUCCUUUUCUCCAGAUUUGAUGAAGGCAUCAAAAUGGAUGAGGAAGGAUGGUUUUCUGUCACUCCUGAACCUAUAGCUAAGCAUCAUGCCACGCGAUGUAAUGGAGGCAUUGUUAUUGACUGUUUUACAGGAGUUGGUGGAAAUGCUAUUCAGUUUGCAUCAAGGAGUCACUAUGUGAUCGCAAUUGAUGUGGAUCCAAAGAAACUUGAUUUAGCAAAGCAUAAUGCUGCCAUAUAUGGUGUUGCUGAUAAAAUCGACUUUGUGAAGGGAGACUUCUUUGACUUGGCACAUAACUUGAAGGCAGGCACUGUAUUCUUAUCGCCUCCCUGGGGAGGCCCUGAUUAUCUUAAAGCGAGUAUGUAUGACAUGAAGACAAUGUUGAGACCUCGUGACGGGUAUAUCUCUCGUGUUUCUUUAUUUAUACUAUGGUUAAGAGUUUUGGAGCUCUUAAUCUCUUUCUACGCUAAGAGAUAUGUACUCACUAUUCCCGUUUGGUGCAGAGAUGCUCUAUUUAAGGCGGCCAUGAACAUCGCAUCAACAAUCAUUAUGUUUCUUCCAAGAAAUGUUGAUAUUAACCAAUUGGCAGAGCUAGCCUUAUCAACGACUCCUCCAUGGUCACUUGAGGCAAGUGGCAAUCCCCAAUGUUUUCAGGUAGAAAAGAACUACUUAAAUGGGAAGCUGAAGGCUAUAACAGCGUACUACGUUCAAACAACAUGA